AUGUCAUCCGAUAUUUCAGAAAAGAUUCAACAAGCCCGUAGAGAUGCCGAGGGUAUGAAAGAACAAAUCAGAACAAACAGAGAUGUUAUGAAUGAUACUUCACUCAAGACAUACACACGUGAUCUUCCAAACUUACCAAGAUUGGAAAACAAGAUCAAGAUUAGAAGAACUUUAAAGGGACAUCUUGCAAAGAUUUAUGCCAUGCACUGGGCUGAAGAUUCCAUUCACUUGGUAUCUGCCUCUCAAGAUGGUAAAUUAUUGGUUUGGGAUGGUUUAACUACCAACAAGGUUCACGCUAUUCCACUUAGAUCAUCAUGGGUUAUGACCUGUGCCUAUUCACCAACCACCAACUUUGUAGCUUGUGGUGGUCUCGAUAACAUUUGUUCAAUCUAUAACCUUCGUAGUCGUGAAGUCCCAAUCAGAGUAUGCCGUGAAUUAAACUCCCACACUGGUUACCUUUCAUGUUGCAGAUUCCUCAACGAUAGACAAAUUAUUACCUCAUCUGGUGAUAUGUCUUGUAUAUUGUGGGAUAUUGAAAACGGUACAAAGAUUACCGAAUUUUCAGAUCACAAUGGUGAUGUCAUGAGUGUAUCUAUUUCUCCAGACAAAAACUACUUUAUUUCUGGUGCUUGUGAUGCUACUGCCAAGUUGUGGGAUAUCCGUGCCGGCAAGUGCGUGCAAACCUUUACUGGUCACGAUGCCGAUAUCAACGCCGUCCAAUACUUCCCCAACGGACUUUCAUUUGGUACUGGUUCCGAUGAUGCUUCAUGCAGAUUGUUUGAUAUCCGUGCUGACCGUGAGUUGAUGCAAUACACCCACGACGUUAUUUUGUGCGGUAUUACCUCUGUCGCUUUCUCGCUCUCUGGUCGUUUCUUGUUUGCUGGUUAUGACGAUUUCAGUUGCAACGUAUGGGACACCUUAAAGGGUGAGCGUGUUGUCAGCUUGACUGGUCACGGUAACCGUGUCUCUUGUUUGGGUGUCUCUACCGACGGUAUGGCUCUUUGCACUGGUUCAUGGGACUCUCUCCUCAAGAUCUGGGCUUAA